AUGACCAUAGCCGCGUACCAGACGAUGUACGAGUCUAGCAUUGCCUUCGGCAUCCGGAAGGCGCUCAUCGCUGAGCAGCGCAAAGCAGAAAUGGAGGCAAAGAUCCGGCAGUUGCAGGAAGACAAAGCCGACCUAGAGCGCCAGGUGACAGAGCUCAGCGCCAAGUGCGAGCAGGUCAAACCACGGGAGGCGGAAAGACGCGCGGCCGACGAGAAGAAGCACAGCGCGGAGGUGGAUCAGCUCAAGCGCACGAACGAGCAGCUCAAGACAACCCUGGAGCAAAUGCUCUCGGCUCCCAAGAAGUAA